GCUUCUCUCGUGGCGGUGGCUUUGCUCGUGGUGGUCGUGGCGGCCGCGGCGGAUAUCUUGGCUGGAACGGUAAUGAUGCUCAUCGUAAGUGAUCAUUUCCUUCAUGGUGCAGACUUUGCUGACGAUUCAACAGAAUACUGAGUGCCCACCAUACACUUCAGAUCCUUUGUCUUUCUCGCUUUGGGAAGUCGACACCAAUGUGGCUAUGUUCGGAGCCUUCUGGUGAAACUUGGAGAUUACGACUCUCUUUUUCGGGUGUUUUGACGAAGUUGGCGAAUGGCUUGGCAAUACCGGUUCCUGUCUUUGCCCUUUUUUACAUAGACACAAUUUUGCAACUUAGCUUUUUGUUGCUCCCGACCUUGGGUGGUAAUAUGAAGAUGACUGGCCCUUUGCAUUGGGAGAUUGGGAGGAAUUUUCAUGGCUGCUGCGCUGCUUUUCUUCGAUAGAUCGAUGGUUUUCUACUAGGAAGGUCUGAUGAUAUCUGCAAAACGAUGC